AUCGGGCGGCGCGCGCGAGUCACUCGGGCGGCCGGGGGCCGCCAUUUUGCUCCAGCGAGGGAGAGCAGCCGCGAGCGAAGUAGUGCAGUCCGCGCCAUAUAGCCGCAAUUCGAGACCGAGUGUAACCGAGACGAGCGUGCGAACGACCUCCUUUCUUUCGUGGCCGAAUCGUGCGCGAUCUUACGCGUAUACUGCGGCCGUCGGGGCGUCGGGCGGGCGGGCGCGCGCGCGGUUAACACCAGUGCCCGUAUCCGUGCGGAUACAUCGCAUCGUGCCGCGGCACAGGACCCGGUUAGACGCCAAGUUUCGCCGCGGCAGCCGAGUGGGAUCGCCGUGCGGCAGCGUCGCAGGGGAAGCCUGAAUAUCCCACGAACAAGACGCAUCGGAGGAACGCCGUGUAAGCGGAGAGAAAAAGGGUGCUAGAGUGAGAGAGUGUGGCCGCCAAUCCAGUGCAAAUACUCCAACUAGCCGUGGACUUGGGGAAAUACGACGACGCGUCUCAGCCGAGGAAUACAAGGGGAGAGUGAGUCGCCUCCGACAGGAGACGGUGUCCACUGAGCCGUGAUGCGUUGGAGAUUCGGCGGUCCCUGCCCGAAAACCGAUCAGCAGCCAGUGUUACAGAAGCAGUUUGUGUGACAAAGCAUAAAAGAGCGAGUGCGGAACCGUUGUCGUUGUUAUUGUACUUGGACUGUUAUAACACGCGUGUCGCCUACGAGUGCCGUCAUACUCGUCCCGAGACUCGUGUCGUUUGCCACCCUUGCCGCGGGACGCGAGGACGAAGUGGUGAAGGAAGAGCAGCAACAGCAACGUGCCGAAGAAGGAGUGACACUGGGGUUGGUUAGUGACACUGAGAGCGCAAGUGAAAACUAUAAAAAUAGGGGGGGCUGUCUGACCGAUGGACAAACGGAAGAUGAUGUCCAAACGCCCUCGUAUGGAGAACCUGAGGGGUCCGAUCCAGAACGGACCGAUUCAGACGCGACCGUUAGUGGCGUUGCUCGAUGGACGGGACUGUUCGAUUGAGAUGCCCAUUCUAAAGGAUGUUGCAACGGUGGCUUUCUGCGACGCUCAAUCGACCUCAGAAAUCCACGAAAAGGUUCUAAAUGAGGCAGUAGGUGCAUUAAUGUGGCACACCAUCAUUUUGACAAAGGAGGACCUGGAGAAGUUCAAGACGUUACGGAUCAUCGUAAGAAUCGGCUCAGGAGUCGAUAAUAUCGAUGUCAAAGCGGCGGGCGAGCUUGGCAUCGCUGUGUGCAAUGUGCCUGGCUAUGGUGUCGAAGAGGUAGCUGACACUACUCUCUGCCUCAUUCUAAAUCUCUAUCGGCGCACGUACUGGUUGGCAAACAUGGUACGCGAGGGCAAGAAAUUCACAGGACCAGAACAGGUAAGAGAAGCAGCCACCGGAUGUGCAAGGAUACGGGGCGACACUCUGGGUAUAGUCGGGCUAGGCAGGAUUGGAUCAGCGGUAGCGUUGCGUGCCAAAGCUUUUGGCUUCACCGUCAUUUUUUAUGAUCCCUACCUGCCGGACGGAAUCGAGAAGUCGUUAGGUCUCACCAGGGUUUACACACUACAGGAUUUGCUAUUCCAAUCAGACUGUGUAUCUCUACACUGUACCUUGAAUGAACACAAUCAUCAUCUAAUAAACGAAUUCACUAUCAAACAGAUGAGACCAGGAGCAUUUUUAGUCAAUACAGCGCGAGGUGGUCUAGUGGAUGAUGACGCGCUAGCCGGGGCGCUCAAACAGGGUAGAAUCCGUGCGGCGGCAUUAGAUGUCCACGAAAACGAGCCGUACAACGUCUUUCAGGGUCAGUCCGCGCAAUGUCCAUUGAAAGAUGCACCCAAUCUUCUUUGCACACCACACGCCGCAUUCUACAGCGAUGCUAGCUGCACUGAAUUACGUGAAAUGGCGGCCAGUGAGAUCCGACGAGCCAUAGUCGGUCGCAUUCCCGAUUGUCUGCGGAACUGCGUGAACAAGGAGUACUUCCUAUCUUCGACCGGCAGCUACCCCGAGGGGAUCAACGGCGGAUACUAUGCUGGCGCACUACCCGUGCAACAGGCGCACUCGACGACUCCUCACGAUUCAGCGCCCCCACCACCCGGCGGGCAUUCCGUCGUCGGCGGCGGAGGCGGCGGCGGCGGGGCCGGUGGCGGCGGGCCCAACUCGUCGGCGGGUGGCGCCGGCGGCGGCGCUGGCGGGCCGCAGGGCCCCGCGGGUCCAACGGUAGGCGGCGGCGGUGGGGCCGGCGGCGGUCCCGCGGCGGCGCCCCCCACCGCCGGCCUGCCCGGACUACCACACAGCAUAGUGAGCGAGCCCGACCCCCGACCGAGCCCGCCCGCCCCGAGUCCCCGUUGACCUUGAACCCCUUAAAUGAGAAAGAAAGAAAGCAAGGGAAAAAAAAGAAAGGAAACCGAGUAACAGACGAGAAAAAAAAAACAGAAAAAAACACCUCACAGCUACGCCCGCACCACCAACACCACCAUCACCACCACUAUCACCACCAUCACCACCACCACAACAACCACCACAACAACCAUCACCACCUCCACCACCAUCACUACCAAAACACCACAAUCAUCCGCUAUCCACCACCAAAUACAAAAACAACACCAACCAUCACAAUCAAUCAAUCAUUCAAUCAUUCAUUCAUUCAACCAAUCACUACCAUCCUCCGAUAUGUUCUCUAAUUUUGCGCCCCUCCCUGCCCCUUCGAUGAUACGAUGAUGCGAUAUUAUUAUUACGGCGACGAUGAUGAUGAUGAUAAUAUGAUUAGCCAUUCACACACGAUGACACACACGACGACGAGAAUUUUAUAGAGAAACGGCCCGAGAGAUCGAGAUAGAUCUAUACACAUAUACACACACAUACGGUGUUGCAAUUGUAACGCGCGCGCCCCGAAAAUCUGUCCGCUGCUUCCGAAGUACUCGAGGGGAUCUGUUCUUACGAGAGAGAAAUAAUGAGCAAGAGAAAUGAAAAUGUAUGAAGAAAGAGAUACAGAGAGAAAAUUCAAGGAGAGUGAUUGAAUGUACGAGAAAAAACGAGCGAGCGAAAGAGAGAGAGAGAGAGAGAAUGAUGCUGAGAGUUGAAAAAGACGCGCACGUGCGAAUAUGUGCUGCUGCGAUGUAUUGUGUAAUAAUGUGUGCGUGUGUACGUUUUUGCGUUCGCGUUUGCAUUUGUAAGAGUCUCUCGAACGGAGAGCGUAAUUUCCGAAUGUAAUAAUUAUAUAAGACCAAGCAAGUCAAAUACAGUUGGACACUGUAAUGCUGACGAAAGCAACCGCGAUCGCCGGCCCAUCCUCGACUCGCGCGAGCUGGGGAACUUACCUUCGCUCUUCGUCGGUCCUUAUUUAUCAAGGACUUGAUUUCUCAAGGUAAAAAACACAGGUCCGCGAGACGCAUCGCGCAAUUUUGGAAUCCUAAAUUCUCGACGAUCGUUGGAUGAUUUAUAUUCAAGCAUCGCUCGUCGUUUGGUAAAGAAGGACAGAGUGUAGAAAGGACCAUUGCUCCCUCAAUUAAAUCCACUUAUCUUCACGGAAAUGACGCGCUUAUCUCGAAAGAACAGAGAGAAAGAAGGAGGCAGACAGUUGAUCUUGCGACAGUUCUGAUAGUUUCAAUUUGCACACCUAAUCACACAAAUUGUGAUUUUCUUUCCUAAGUACGAACUCUGGACAGUGUACCAGCAGUUCUUUUCAACAUCAUCUGACAUUGUCAGAUACGUCCAUGUCAAUCGUGCGCUCUUUCUUUCUCUCUUUCGCGCGCGCGCUCUCUCUCUCUUUCCAAACAUUUGAUUUUAUCGAGACGAAAAAGAUAAGAAACUGUCAAAAGCUCGUACACACAGAUCAGCAUAAUAGCCUUGACAAAGUUGUCCAGUGAGUGGAUAACAGCAUUAGCUAUAUUUUAUCGGUGGACAUACAUUGGCCCGAAAAUUUUUGAAAUUCGGAACCUGGAAUAAUUUCCCGAAAAAUCGCAACAUCGAGACAGUAUCUCGAAAUCUAAUAACGUAACUCUAAAAUUGUCUGGGAUGUGCUCAGAAUGUCCUAGGAUACUCCUGAAUAUUUUUUCAGAUUGUUUCAAAACAUCUUGUACUAUCUAGGAAUAUCCUAAACUAUACAUUUGCAAGGAUGAAUAAUUACCCCGAAAAUAAUAUAACAGGUGUAUUAUUAUUUGGAUACAUUUUGGUAUCCAAAUAGGCAAAUACUGAUGCACUCACCUAUACAACGAAACAAUUCCUGCAUUUAAGCAAAAUUUCAAGACAUUGUCUCAGAUUUCGAUAUUACGAUUUCUCGGGAAAUUGCGUAUCCCACUUUCUUAUAGGAAUUUCUGAAACGAUAUAACUAUGUCUUAUCGAGACUAUUAUGCUGAUCUGUAUACUCGCUGCAAAUGACUACAUAUAUCAAGUUGAUCGGGAAGUUUCGCCCGUUAUUUCGUUCUUUUUUCUCUUCAUGUUGUUUGACUAUGUCAGGCACUACUGACGAGCAAAAAAAUGAUCAAACUUGCGAAUCUCGUGGUUUUGCUCACCUUGAUAUAUUUAUAUGUGAAGUGGGAAAAAGGUCCGAGCGUGACGCACAUGUAGAAAGAGCGAGCGAGAGAAGCGAAUGGAAGACUGAUGCUGCGUUUAAGAAUGCGAUUAUGCGACGAUUUUUCGGUGGAAUUUCCAAAGGAGAUCGACCGUAAUUUUUAUUUACUUCUAUUCGACUAAUACGGACGGCGUGUACAAUUUUCUAUGUUCUUUUUCUUUUGUUUCAUAUCUAGACGAAUGUCAAGUGAGUGUGUGUGUGUGUGUGUGUGUGUGUGCACGCGCGCGCGCGCGCGCGCGUACAACACACCCGCGACAAGUUCUUCCCUUCUCGUACUCGUAGCAUCGUAAGAAAAGAAAGGAAGGAAGAUAGCAAGAAAGAAAGAAAAAAUGGAAAAAAAGAAAGAAGAGGGCGGGGGCUCUUCGCGAAGACGAAACACGAGCGGUAUGAACCGAGAUUACUGCUAUUUACCGUAAAAAAAAACGAGAUAUAUUUGUGUUUAUAGCCUAUUCGUCGCGUUGUAGGCUGAAUUAUUAAGUUAGUUCAAGACACGACACUCUUCCAGUUUUAUAAUUCGUCGAGUGUUCAUCGGCGACAUAUUGAUCUUUUUAAUUGAUCGAUCGAUCUUUUUCGUAGGACUCUCAAGCGUCUAUGUCGCGAUUUGCGAUUUUCCUAACUUCUCAGUCGACUAUUAAUUUCUUUCACCCCCCCUCCUUCUCUUCCCUUAUACGCGUUAUUCUUUUUCUUUUUUCUUUUUUUUUUUUUUCAAUUUGAAACCUUAUAAUCCCUCCUCGAUUGUAAUAUCGACGACGCAUCUUAUACGACAUUUCUCUUUCCACUCAUUAUUAUGUUUAUUUCGAAAUAACUGUAUUAUAUCGAAUGUUUUAUUACAUCUCAAUAUAUUUGCUUAAUGAACAUACGAGAAUAGCACAGAAUUUCUUUCCCUUGCAUACACACAAAUCCCAGUUCGUUCCGUGUCGAGUCUGUGGGGAAGCAUUUUGGAAGCUUCCUCACUUAGACUCUCGUCGUACAGCGCGUCAUACAUUAAUUUGUCAGACUGUAUUUGGGCUCGCAUGUGUCGUUCAGAGAAUGAGGAACAGAUAAGAAAUUCUGCUCGAUUGAACCCUUGCAAUUGAUCGAGAAACGUUAAUUCAUUGUCUUGCCAAACGAAAAUGCGAGCGAACGAACGAGUGAGCAAGCGAAUGAAUGAGCGAGCGAGCGAGCGAAUAAGCGAGCGAACGAAUCAGCGACAUUUCUUUCGAGACUGGUGGAGUCCGUUUUGUUUUCGAUUAGCGGUGUGUUUGUAACACGAAAGUAUCGUUGAGAUACUGCAACGGGAGAAACGUAGCUCUGUCACAAAAUAUCAAUAUAUAUAUAUAUAUAUAUAUAUAUUGAUAUAUAAAAUUCAUAUAUAUACAUACAUAUUGCAUUCUCCUUCGAGUCACGAAAAUGCUACAUGAAUGGCGGCAAAGAGGUGAUUGAAGCGUCAACGGCCUUUACAUACAUAGUAUAUAUACAGCUUGCGAUAAUAAGAUAGUAAGAAAUUGACGCGACAAGUCUUAAUGCUAAAAAAGGAAAGAAAAGAUUUUUUUGUUUUGCAUUUGAGACAAUUCUCUCUCUCUCUCUCUCUCUCUCUCUCUCUCUCUCUCUCUCUCUCUCUCUGCUGGUUGCGAGAGAGAACCAGUCUGUUAAACGCUCAUAUUUUCCUUUUUCGUGUCGCGUAUAUUAAAUGACUAUAAUAAUUGUAGACUCUCAAUUAUUAUAUAAAGAAUUUUCCGUGUAUGUAUAUGUGUGUGUAUGUAUGUAAUGUGUAUAUAUAUACACACAAAAAUUGUUGCGCGAUAUAUUUGGAGCUAUUAUUCGUGGAUUAAAUUUAAAGUUGCACGAGAGCAGUUAAUAAUUAAUGCACGGGAGUAGACACUUCAUAUAAGUUAUAAUCGCGGAAUUCGAUAAAUCCCGAUUAUUAUUAUCAUUAUCUCAAAAAGCGCAUUUGUCUUAUCGAAAAUUAAAGUCGGAGCUUACUUUCCGCAGAAGCGAAAAGUUACUUGUCGGUUCUUCAUUUUGUUUUUUUAUUUUAUUUUAUUUCGAGAAAUUCAAGAAGCACUCUUCCAACGCUCUUAACGUUAUAAUUGACUGAAUUCGAUACGAGCGGGAACAAUAUUGGAAAGAUAAUGAGUAUAUGCGUACAUAAUUGUUAUUCGCGAAGAAAUGUCGCGAAUCUUGUGCAAAAUUACUUAUUUUAAUUCUCGGUUUUCGUUAAUCGAGCGAUUCUCGCCUUGACGUCUCGACACGAUGCAGCAUCUUCGUCACAGAAGGAUGAUCGCGUGAGGUAUGUCACAAUUAGCGAGCAUUGUCGAUAAAAUUGGCAAAAUCUUCCAUUGAUAGAGAAGGGGUUGUCUGAAGAAAACAAAAAAAUUACAGAACAAUUCGUGUUUCUUCUACGAGCAUGUAUCCGUCGAUAAUUGUCUUUGAACGAGUGGAAUCGCGAGAGGUGUAAAAGUGAGAGAGGAAGUAAAUGCAAGAGAAAGAGAGAGAGAAGAAAAAAGAGAGUAAAUGUGCGAGAGAGAGAGAAAGGGAGAGAGUAAAUGCGAAGGAGAGAUUGUGAGAAUGAGAGAACAAACAGAAACAAGUUUUAUUAACUGAUAAUUAUAAUACGAUUAUUGUAUCGUGUGCAAAGUAAUUGCGAUCAUGCGAGAACACUUGGAAUAUAUUAUGGAAAAAGAUAAAUAAUUAGAUGGAGAAAAGAAAGAAAACUGCAAAUAAGGGAGGAAAUUAAUAAGGGAGAUUUUUUUCGAGAGAAAUUAUAGAACUGAUAUUGCUGAUGAUAAUAAUUAAAUAAAAGAAAAACAAGAAAAUAUGCGAAAUCUGUUUUGGUGAGAGGGAGAGAGAGAAAAAGAAAGACAGAAACGUACGCACGCACAGGUACAUACACAUACAUUCAUUCAUUCAUUUACUCACUCAUUCAAUCAAUCAUUCACUCACUCACACACACAGAGAUACGCGCGCAUAUUUUUUUCAGUUUUUCACCGCUGACUCCUUCUAGUUGAGUUCUAACGAAAAAGAUUUAUCGUGUGAGGUGACUAUUGGUAUGGUAUCUUCCAAGUAAAUCAAUGACUGGUUAAUGAUUCUAGUAUUAAUCCGACAGCUUCUCAGAGAAGACGCAAUAUCGUCUGUUAAUCUCGACAUAGCCUUCGUCCCUUUCCGCUCUCGAAGAGGUGGUUCUUGUUUUUUCAAUUGCUGUGUGAAGAUUGCAGCUUGCUCUUUGACAAGUGUUCUCUUCGUCGUUGAGAAUUUUUCAUACGUCUUGACAUUAACGGACGGUGUUGUUACAAAUGUGAUUCUGUGCGAAAGAAAUUCUCGAGAAAGUCCUUAGGUGAUCUUUGUAUUGCAAUUUACCGUCGUUGACCGCUGAAAUCAUUCGGUACAUAAAAUGAAACACAGGAGACAGUUCGAGUUUGACAUUCGCGAAAGCUUCUCCUACAACCCGCGACCGACUUUCGCGAGGCUCCUCCGAGCUUUUCAAGCGAGCGAGCGCGAAAAUCAUUCCAAUUUGGACGUUAGAGAGGGAAAGCGGAAGAGAGAGAGAAAUAACAGGUCAUAGCGGAUGAUUAGAUAUGAGACAGACGACAAGUAUGCGAGCGAGCGAGCGAAAGAAAGAGAGAAAAUGAGGAUAUGAAGCAUCACAUAUAGACACGCGUUUACACAUUCUCUCAUACAUUCAUACAUACGUACGUAUACACACACGCACACACAUAUACAUACACACAGAGAGCGCGUGACAGACAUAAACAUUUUUAAAUAGAAUACGCUACGUACAUAAAGGUACACAAGAUACGUCUAUUGCGUGACGAGGUGGUCCUCGAAGGGCGAGC